GCUGUUCAUGCUUUUCAACUUUCAUGCAUCUACACUUACCACCAGCGUUUAUCAAUUGACAGAGGUCCAACAUAUAUUGCUCUGGAGAUUGUCUUGAUACUCUCGGCCUGAAUGUUACGGGCCUCCCUGCGGUCUGUUUCAGACCCUCUCCGCGAACAUGUUUGUAUCUCCUGUUUAGGCCAGAGGCUCGGAGGCGGCGCUAGGCUCCGACUGUACUCUUUCACUCCAUAUCGUGCCAACUCAAGCACGGAAGACGCCUCUCCUCGGAUCGUCGCAGAGGGCAUUUCGCCUCCAAGAGAGAGCCCGCCGCAGGAUGAAGAAAAGAACCAACCUCCGGGCCAUGAUCCGAAGCAGCGUAGCAAGACGUUUAAAGCUCACCAGUCAGCAUCUUAUGCUCCCGCUCAUGAUGGCACCAUCCAAAGAAGCGAAGACACUACAUCCCCAGCUGAAGAUAGUAAACCUUCUAAGAAUCAGUCGAGGCAUACUGCUCGUAAGGGAUACAGCAAAACCACUGGAAAGGCCCGAAAAAGACCUGCACCAAAGAUUCGGAAAGUUCCGUCCACCGUUAAACCAAAGACGUCGAACAGUCGCCCAAAGUCAAAAGAGAAGCGCGCUGCGGCGAAAGGACAAGGAGAUUCGCUGCCACUUCCAUCGAUUGUAUCUCAGCUAGAAUCAACGAAGACCACAAGUUCGGCCGACCAAGAGAGUCCCAAUAAUUUGUCACAUAUUCUGAACUCUCUAUUCGCAAGAGAGUUCGGCAAGAUCGAGUCUAAUGUCCUGCGAUUAAAGCCCCUGGACGUCGAAACAGCUCCUGUUCCUCGACUUUCAUUUGGCCUCGAAAGGGUCCUAUUUAAUCCGGGCGUUUACCAUCUUCGGGACCCCCGGUCUCGCGUCUACAACUUUGACCCCUACUUAGGCCAGAUUAUGCCUGUCACCGAAUUCGAUUUUGACGCUUUGAAGGACUACAUCACCUCUUCUAAGGAUCACACACUCCGAAAUAUAGCGAUGAAGGAAGGAAAAAAGUACAUAGGCUCCUCCUCAAGCAUGACCUCGGUGCUGUCACAUUUUCAUUACCUUCUUUCGGCAUGGAGAGGGAUCGAUAUCCGGACACUGUCUCAGGGGUUUCCAGACAAAUUACGAUCCUUUACACGACUGCUGCGAUCUCCUUCUGCCAUGUUUCUCCGAUAUCAGGACGGGGUCUACGCCAUAGAUGCUGACAAAGAGUUCGACUCUGCCAAUAUCUUAAUGAACCUGGGAAAGUCCAUGGAGAAACUCCUCACUCUGCCGAAGGAUGACUUUGAGCGCUACAGGCGGUCGAGUGAGAACAAGAUAUCCGCAGAGGAAGAACAGGCUAUCCCCGAAUCCUAUCACUAUUCUACGCUUGGUGACUUCCUCAUGAGAUCACAAUUGGAUGCGUACGACCCAAGGCUUCCAGGAACUGGAAUGUUUGAUCUUAAGACAAGGGCUGUAGUUUCCAUUCGAAUGGAUGCCCGUAACUUCGAAAACGGCCUUGGUUAUGAGAUUAAAAACCGCUACGGCGCGUUUGAGUCUUACGAACGCGAAUUCUAUGACAUGAUUCGAGCCGCUUUCCUUAAAUACUCUCUUCAGGUGCGGGUUGGCCGCAUGGAUGGUAUCUUCGUCGCCUUUCACAACAUUGAGCGGAUCUUCGGGUUCCAGUAUGUCAGCUUACCGGAAAUGGACCAGACACUGCAUGGCCAGAAUGAUACAACAUUAGGCGAUGCAGAGUUUCGUCUGAGUCUUGGGCUAUGGAACAAAGUUCUAGACAAAAUUACGGCAAAGUACCCGGAGAAGUCCAUCCGUAUCCACUUUGAAACCCGGGACGCCCAAACUCCGUUUAUGUACAUCUUCGCCGAACCUGUCACUGACGAUGAGAUUCACGCUAUCCAAACCAAGAAUCAGGCUGAAAUCGAUGCAUAUCAGCGGCGGAUCCUAAACCUAGCUCCUAAGAGGAAGGACACUUCAUCUACAAAUGUUAUGGAAGCCCCGCCGUCAAGCAGUUCCGACAAACAAGAAGAGCCGGUCAAUGAAGAAACUAAACUUUCCAAAGCCAGCUACAAUGACACCGAAGCGGUAUACGAUUCGUCCGCGCCUCCUGAUGAGACUUUCCUUUCUGAACUUGAAAAUGAAGACGCAGACAAUGGCCGCGAGCUACUUGCAAUGACUCUUGUGGUUAAGAAUCUUGUUAACGGUAAACUCGUUGAACGACCCAACGACCUCAAGCCAUCCGAUAAAUGGGACAUCGAGUAUGAACUGAGUGAAUUACAAGGACCACAAGCACACGCCUUGUAUGCAGCAUGUCGAAAACGACGGCAGAAGGCUCUCUCGGGCCGAGGAGAGGAUGAGACCGACGUUGCAAACAACGUAUACAUCCGGCGACUACGGGAAUUCAGCGAAAAGGGACGCGAGUUCCGCAAGCAAGAAAACAACCUUGACAAACAAAAGGGCAUAGUUGUUCUGGCUGACUCGGCCUAGUUCAAUUGAACCGGCGAGUCUGGACAGCACGACAGUCAUGCGUCCCAGUCAUUCACCACCCAAUCACAAUUAUUCUUCUCCAUUCUACAGAUACCUCAAGAUUUUAUGUAUAAUAUCCAAUUGUCAUGCUUUCUGGAAUUGGAGUGUUUGCAUUAGGGCGUUAGACCUGUAUCAUUCCAAUGUGGCGUUUAUUUGACUACCAAUCCAAGUUAUUGAUUGAUAUGCCUGGCCAUAGAUGGCAUUGCGUACGCGAUGAGCUACCUUCCUAGUCGUUAUAUAUAGUGACUCAUUCCAAAGUUUUUCCAAUGUCCGAUCGAUGCGCACAGUGAUGUUGAUAAAGG